UUGUGCAGCCUGCGGCCCGCACGGCGCAGGCGCCGUUCCGCAUUCCCCCGCCCGCCGGCCCCGGAGCUGCUGCCGCGCCCCCUUCCCCUCCCGCGGCCGCGCUCCUCCUCGCCGCGGAGGAGGCGCCGGCCCCGCCGCCCCCCCCCGCUCAGUGCCCGCUCUCCGGUUUGCAUUUCAGAGCCGUUCUGUCUGUGGCAAGAGCUGCCUUUUGAAGCAGCACAUUCAUUCUCCUCUUCAAGCACCACAAGUCUCAUUUGCCAGCUUCAGAACCAUGGCAACAGAAGAAAAGAAGCCAGAUGCAGAAUCCACCAAAACACAAUCUACUCCUUCCUCCUCAACCAAUCAGAGCAAGCCUGCACCAGUAAAACCAAACUAUGCUCUGAAGUUCACAUUAGCAGGACACACCAAGGCAGUCUCAUCAGUAAAGUUUAGCCCUAAUGGAGAGUGGCUCGCCAGCUCCUCUGCUGACAAACUCAUUAAAAUCUGGGGAGCGUAUGAUGGCAAGUUUGAAAAGACAAUAUCUGGCCAUAAACUGGGUAUCUCUGAUGUUGCUUGGUCAUCAGAUUCCAACCUUCUUGUGUCUGCCUCUGAUGAUAAAACACUCAAAAUAUGGGAUGUAAGCUCGGGUAAGUGCUUGAAGACGUUGAAAGGGCACAGUAACUAUGUUUUCUGCUGCAAUUUCAACCCUCAGUCAAACCUCAUCGUAUCUGGAUCAUUUGACGAAAGCGUGAGGAUAUGGGACGUGAAAACAGGGAAGUGCCUCAAGACGUUACCUGCUCAUUCUGACCCAGUUUCAGCUGUGCAUUUUAAUCGUGAUGGAUCCCUGAUAGUGUCAAGUAGCUAUGAUGGGCUCUGUCGAAUCUGGGAUACAGCAUCAGGCCAGUGCUUGAAAACACUGAUUGAUGAUGAUAACCCUCCAGUGUCUUUUGUGAAAUUCUCACCUAAUGGCAAAUACAUAUUAGCUGCAACCUUGGACAACACUCUUAAACUUUGGGACUACAGCAAAGGAAAGUGCCUGAAGACCUACACAGGACACAAGAACGAGAAGUACUGCAUAUUUGCUAAUUUCUCCGUCACUGGUGGAAAGUGGAUCGUGUCCGGCUCAGAAGACAACCUGGUUUAUAUCUGGAACCUUCAGACAAAAGAGAUUGUACAGAAAUUACAAGGACACACAGAUGUUGUAAUCUCAACAGCUUGUCACCCGACAGAAAACAUCAUUGCCUCGGCUGCGCUAGAAAACGACAAAACAAUUAAACUGUGGAAGAGUGACUGUUAAAUGCUGCGGGAUCACUGAGACUGUCAGGAGAAAUGCUUUUAAAGAAAGAAUACUAAAAACCCACAUGAGAAUAUUAAAUGCAGUUUGGCAGGAAACCCGAAGAGUGUUUGAUAAAGUGGUUUCUGUUAGUCUUGGCCCAAAGAACACGUCUUAGCUCUUUGCUAGAACCGGGCAACGCGGUGGAAAACACACACAAGAUGUGGUUCUCCUUCCCCUGCCUGGUCCUUGGCAGCCCUGGAUCACCCUGACAUCGCCCUGUAUUGGACACCCCAAAGAUACUGUAUGGCCGUGGUGGUGCCUCUGGGCGCUGCUGCUACGCGGGAGCGCUGCCAUCGCCUCUCUCACAGUAAGUGAAGUCAAAGCCUAGAGAUGUGUGGAGGGUUUUUUAAUGUCUGAUUUCUUAUUUUCCUUUCCAGAAUGUAGGUUCUAGUCUCUUGGGAAGUUUCUGUCCUGUUUUACAUAGAAAUACUGCAUCUUUAAGGGUGCUUCAUUUUCAACACUCAGCUCAGACUUUGUGACCAAAUAAAACCAUGCAGUUCCAGACCCCCCUCUUCCUGCCCCUGACUUGACUCCUGUGGUGAAAUCUCCUCUUCCCUUCUGUAUAGUUGCUUACCUCUUGUUACGUGUGUUUAAUAGAUGCUGUUCUAGAGCAGAGUUACAGUUCUGUUAACCAUUAAAAUGAUUCCUGCUUGUAGUUGUUCUCAGCAUAUUUUAAGUUUCCUCUUCUGGUUCUAAAGCUCACAGAACACUGUAAAGUUACUUCAAUGUAAAGAGUUAAAAAAACCCCAACCCAGACUUUUGUAUCUUGAAAAUCCAUCGUAUGAAGCUGUAUUGAUAAUGGCAUGACUCUGUAUCUGUUUCAGCGUUGGUAUUUCUUUCCCUUUUUGUCAUACCCAUGUGGUAUUUACACAUCCAGAAAAAUGCCAUAUGCCAUAAUAAAAAGGUGGGAUUUUCUGUGUA